AUGAUUCCCAUUGUUCUUGGACUCAGUAUCGUGGAGGCGAUCCUCCUACAGCGCACGGUCUUGAUUGAUGCUCCAUUUCGGACCGUUGCGUUGGGUUCAGCCACCGUCAACCUGAUCAUUCUCGUGAUCUAUAACCUUUUUAUCUGGCCGUUCUUCUUGAAUCCGCUGCGUCACUUACCCAAGGCUCCGCUUCAAUGCAGGCCGCGUUAUCUUCGACAAUCCCCGCGGCCGCCUGCCCCUCGAGUGGAUCAAGACCAUCCCCAACGAUGGUCUCAUCCAUUUCAGGGACUUUUUGAACCGGAGUCAGCUCUUGGCGACGAACCACCAGGCUCUGCUUGA